GGAUAUUGUGGUCAAAUGUUUGGGUGAAGUGAAUAAUGCAUCGAUAGUGGCGUUUGACUUCUUUUAACGAGUCCUUCUGAACUAUAACUGCAAGCUAAAUGUAGGAUGGAAAACAACCACAUCUCCUCUAAUGCUGAGGCAUAUUACCAUAAGUGUAGUAAGUGCUCCUUACUGUAAAACACCCAAGAGUGCUAACACCAGAUGCUGGUGAAGACUCAGUCGUCCAGGUCAUGGAAGUCCAAAGGGUUCAGAUGAAGGCAGCUGGACUUCUGUGGUUUCUUGAAGACGUUUAACUUCUCAUCCGAGGAGCGUUGUCGGUUCUAAAUGGAACAUGGGAGAGUCCAGCUCAUAAGCUGUAGCUACCUGUUGUUAUUUAACCAGCAGAAACUACUCUGAGUACCCCUCCUCUCCAGCCCCUGAUGAGUCGUCGUGCUGAUCAGAUGCAGGAAGGGGUGACCUAGACUGAAGCUGCUUAGGAAUGAGAUCCAAAGCUGCAUCAUAGGUACUGGAAAGGUGAAAUCUAAGCCCCGCCCCUAUUUAAAGUGGGGUUUUCCACGUUUGACAUAGACGGCUUCUUUUACUCCUCUCUCACGCCAUCUGUCUUCUCUGUCCAGAAUCUGGGCUUUGUCCUCUUCACAAGUGUGUCCCUUGUCCUUCAGGUGAAGGUGGACUGCAGAGUCCUGACCUGAAGAGGGCGCUCUCCUGUGUUGUGCCAUGCUCUUGUGUAAUUGUUGUUUAGGUCCUCUCUACACUGGACCGCAUAAACGCCGCCGCUGAGCUUCUGUUUGGAUGUUUUGUCUUUAGGAUGGACCAGUUUCUGUCCGUUAAUCCAAAGCAGCAACUAGCAAAGAAAAGGCCAACAGGCACAAAGACACCAUCAUCCCAUACGUGGCAGGAGUCUCAGAGAAACUUAGAGGAAUCUUCUCCAAACACGACAUCCCGGUAAACUUUAACCCAACAACACCCUCAGACAGAACCUGGUCCAGUCGACAUAAAACUACUCUUAAUGAAGCCUCGGGAGUUCAUGCAGAGUUCUGAAGAAAAUGUCACGGUGAUUAAACUCAAACCUUUGACAGAAACUAGCAACGAUCACUAAGCAACAUCUGGUUUGGCUUCACCAGAAGGAGGAUGUUUAUUUCAGAACAGUCGAGGUGUUGUUUUUUUGCUUCUUGUUGACAUUGUUGCCGGACACGUGUCCGAUAGAUGAAUGUCACUCGUUCAAGCAGGAUAUUGAUUAGCAUCAGCAGUCUCCAACAGUCACAGAGGCUGAUGGGAGCACGAGGUGGGUCUUGUAUCUGGGGAAAGCUUCACUGCCAGCAGUGGCGGAUUUAGCAAUUUGGGGGCCCAAGGCGAACACAGACAUGGGGCCUCUUACACUAAAUUUUUGACAAUCUUUAACUGGAUUUGUGAAAAACUACACGAGUUAUUUUCACUUUUUAUUAGUCCUCCUCUUUUUUCAUGUCUUUCCCUCCCUUUGAGUGCUUUCUUCUUCCUGUCAGAGCUCCUGUGCUUGACCUUGAUGGCAGCACGAAGGUAUUGUCCGUCCGCCAGUGAAGAAUAAAACACUUUACUGACCUUCCCAGCUCACACCUGAAGGGAAAGAAUCCGAGAACAAGGUCGCUGCAGGAGAAACCUUCAGGCGAAAGCUCCGUGAACAGCUUUCACCAACUCCUCAUAAAGCAGCACGUUUUGAGAAGAAGGGCCCCACGAGGCAACUUUACAGUCCUUAACUCGUUUUUCAUUAAAAGUGAAAUAAUGCAACGCCAUUCCCAAAAAGCUACUUCAGUUACAUUCAUUUUAAUUACAAUAUGCUGGCAUUUUACUCUAAUAAACUCUGUUUUACAGUGAAGCUGGGAUCUGUGGUCAGCUGUGGCUCUGAUGAACAGUUUUUUUUUUGUUGAUGGAAAGAACGAAAAAGAAAGAGGUCACCUCGCUCAGAAUAGUCAACAACAACAACAACACCGCCCUGCCAGUCUGCAGCCAGCCUGGACCGCCCUCCCCCGCCUCCAUUCCAGCACUUAACGGGUUUUUAUGUCGUCCGUCGGGCAGAUCAGCUCAGAGCUGUAAUUCACAGCAGCAGCUCGCACAGAUGAGCCCAUGCAGAAGUCCAAAACAGCUAAGAAAAUAAUCCCAACAUUUCUGUAUAAAGCCCCUCUGCCGGUGGGUUCUCCAUCUCUACACAUCCUUCAGCCAAAUAAAGUCAGAUGUUCACAUGCUGAACUAGUCCGAUUGUGUCUCUGGACUCUACGCUCUUUGUCUGAUUCAGAAAACGCUCACAGUUUUAAUCCAGUUUAUAGUUUUUGUGUUCCAGGAUUAAACAGUUUAAGUACCUCUAAAAGCUCUUAUUCAGAAAUUCCUAACAGGAAGCUGUAAGUGUAUUAUUGUCCAAAGAUAAGACGUUAUCCCCGCUGUCUCUGGUUACAUGGAAUCAUGUUGAUCCUGUGAUAUCUGUUAUCAGUCAUGAACCACACCUUCCACUUUAGGGCGUCAUCUCACACGUGCUCCGGGUCGCAUCCUCGCUGAAACAUUAGUGAAAACCACCAAAUAUAUCCAAAUAUAUAAAAAUACUACACAGCUUUAGAUUUAAUCUCCACACAGAGGAGGGUGGAGGAUUGACCUGUUCCUAUCCUAGCCCACGUUGUAAAAACGAUCUCCGGGCAGGCAGAAGCACCGCUGUGAGGAACUUAUUAAAUCUGCCCUUUAGUGCCGCUUUAGCAGAAGGAUGCUGUCUGAUCGUUCUUUAAAUCCCUAGUAAAGUUCGGUUUUAUUAAAAUGUGCCGACAAUACGUUGGCUUGCAGAUUUUUGCAUUAAAAUAAGACUUUGUGAUGUUAGGGCGACCGACAUGGCUGUAAGUCUACCUUCAGUUAUUAGAAGGAUCAAUUUAGCAACUCUAAUGUCUUGUUUAGAAUGAAUAAAUUAGGAGUUUCUGGUUGGUUUUCAUGCAUUUUUUUAAGCAAAGUAUCCUGAAAAAUACUUUUAUUGUUUUCAAGGCUAAACUUGAAGAUGGAGCAGUGAAAGUUUUGGGGUAACUCUAGUAGAGCUGUGCUGUGCUUAUACCCCUUUGUACUUUUUCAUUAAAAAUACAUCUAACAUAUUUACCUCAUAUUUGAGAAAACCAAGCUUAAAAAAACAAAGUUUCUAGUUAUUGUUUCUAUUGUCUGUUGCCGUCUUAUUGAUGGCGUCCACAAAGACUUAUACCUAACACUUUCAUUGGAAAAAGGUGAGCCUUUGAAACAUAUUUGUUUAAAUUCUGAUUUAUUCGUUCAUUUAUUUAAAAAGCACCUUCUUACACUUUUCAUGCCCAAGGUGCUGCACUUGAUACAGUAAAAACACAAUAACUUUGUACAGUUGAGCACAAUUUCAGCAAUUACUAAUUCACUUAUUUUCUUUUACAUUUCUGUCUUGAUUAAAGAAGGUAAAUGUAUGAUUUAUGUGAACAUGAUUUAUUAAAGAGGAUGGGUAUUCUGGAGGAUGGCCAUGACCACCUUUUGGAGGCGCCACUGCAAUAUAUGAAAAAUAAUAUUAAAAUUAUAAAUUGUAUUCUUAUGUUAAUGAUGAACUUAGACCUUUUUUACCUGAGUCUAAAAGACUGAAAAGUUUAUUAUUUAUAUUUAUUUAUUUAUUUCAAUUUAAUGACACUUGUUUUUUUCAAGCAAUGAAACAUCAAUUUUCUGGGGCAAUUAUUAUUUUACAAGUGUGAUAUGAGUCUGGUAUCAACACAGAAGUUAAUGCGACUAAAUCUGUAAUCUGUGGUAAAAUAACAUGAUGAUAUAUUAUUUAAAAUUCUGAUAAAAAUGAAAAGUUCCCUGUUGGAAAACAUUUUAGCAGGAAAAAAAUGCAUCGAUCCAAAUAAAAGUCAAGCAUAUACAUAUACAUAGUUGUGGUAUAAUCUGUGAUUCUGGAUCUCCACCCACUGACCCCACGGAGCUCAUUUGUAAGACCCUCUCCUCUCCGCCCCCUUUAGGGAACCCCCAUCAGAGCUUUUAUAGACACGCCUCUGGAUCAGACCGGAGAGGAACACCAGCUGGAAAGUCGCUCCUGGAUUUCAACAACUCUGUUUUUGCGUCUCUGGAACCCGUCCGAUCAGUUUUUCAAAUCUGGGUUUUUGAGAUCAUUUAACUCUACAAGAAGGAUGUGGAGAAAUUCUGCGUUUUAUGUCAUUUAUGUGAUGAUUUAGUUCACAAAGUGGAUCAAAAAAAACGACCUUUCGGAUUAAAACAGCCGAUUUGCUUAUAAUUAGUUAUUUCAAACCUAAAAUAAAGCUUAAGCCCAUUUAACCCUCAGCAGCGCCAUGCUGUCCAGCGUCCGCCGGCACAGCCUCCGUCUGCAGACCGAGCUCCACCGGUGGAGCAUCUGCGACCCGGGCAGUCACCUCGUCCUGGCCCGGGUCCCCGCAUGCAUCUCCCGCUCCAGGUCCUGCACCAGCUCCGCCGGGGAGUCGGACGGAAGCCGCGGGAGCUGGUCCUCCUCAGACUCCGUGAUCUCCUCGGACUCGGCCGUGGAGGCGGCGGAGCCCGGGAGCCCUUACCGGGUGGUGCUGCUGGGGGGCAGCGGGGUCGGCAAGACGGCGUUCGCGAGCAUCUUCGGCGGGGCGGCGGACAGCAUGGACAGCGACGAGUGCGAUCUGUGUGGAGACCAAGUGUGUGAAAAGGAGAUUGAAGUGGACGGAGAACCUGCAACUAUAAUUCUGUUGGACACCUGGGAUGCGGAGACUGACAGCGAGUUGUCUGUGGAGCGCUACAUGCAGAUAGGCGACGCCUACUUGCUGCUGUACUCCAUAACCGACCGAGCGUCGUUCCUGAAAGCCUCAGAGCUCCGUAUAACCCUGCGACGCUUCCGCCCUGCCCGCCACACCCCGAUAAUCCUCGUGGGGAACAAGUGUGACCUGGUGAGGCGCAGAGAGGUGUCAACAAAUGAGGCUCGUGCUUGUGCCGCUGUGUUUGACUGUAAGUUCAUAGAGACCUCAACUGCCAUGCAGCACAACGUCUGGGAGGCUUUCUACGGCAUUGUACGGCAGCUGCGCCUGCGCCGAGACUCCAAAGAAGACAACAAGCGCCGCGGAAACGUCCACUGCACCGCACGCCGCGAGAGCCUUUCCAUGAAGGCUCGGCGUUUCAUCGAUAAGGUGGUUGCUAAGAAGAACUCCAGCAUGGCGUUCUGGCUCAAAUCCAAGUCCUGCCACAAUCUGUCGGUGUUGUGAACGAUCCCCAGAUGUGCAGCAAUCAUCUGAGCAGUUCAUCGACUUAAAAAGCUGCUGAGGAGACAAGAGGGGACGCCUGCUUCAGAGGGACAAUGAGUUGGAUGGCUCAGUCCUCGACGGUGCUCACCAUCCCCCCUUCGUUCCACCUGGUCAGGUGGUGGUGUGUUCGGUGUUUGCAGCGAGUCCGCUCUACCAUCGUGCAGAUGUGUUGAGUCCGAUCCAGACGGCGGGGGACAGCGACCAGAACAAAACCAUGCUUUGGACGCGUUGGGACAAAGACGUUUGAGAGGUCUGCUGAUGGGAACUUUAGAGCACUUUCCAUCUUUUCCUCCUAUUUCUGCCAACUUCUUUCACUUCCAUCUCAGAGCGCUAACACGUCCGUUUGUAAGAUUUGUGCUGCACUAAUCUCCGAUGACAUCUGUAGUAUUUGAUUUCUUCUAUUUAUUUGCGUGUUUUUGCUGCUUGUACGCAGCUUUAGCUGUUCUCGGUGAAAUAAAGUGACAUUUUAGUCAGACGGACGAACAA